AUGGAUUUGCCUGGAACAUCAUCGUCAACAACGACGCCAGCGGUGAUAAAACCGAUAUCGGUUUAUUAUGCGCCCCCGUUACCGCCACAAACAUUGACACCUCCACAAUUGAUGCAAUCAUCAACGCCUUUGACUUUCGAUGCGCUACCGACGACGUUACAGAAUUUAGCAUUGUUAUAUCCACAACUAUUUCAAACACCGAUGAAAACAUCGCAAUAUUUUACUAGAUCUGAAUUAAGCGCAUUCAAGUUCGUGUGGGAAACCUCCCGGGAAAUAAUACCACCCUGAUUGUUUUCUCUAUUUCAAUAAUAUAUGUUUUUCCAGAGAAGUCAAUGAUCUUCGACAUCAAGUGAAUAUGAUUUUACCAAUGCUACCAUUAUAUGGACAGUUACCGAAUGGUUUAAGCGCUGCAACAAUCCAACAACUUGCUCAGCAACAACCAUUGGUAGCGCAGAAUCUGAUACGAAAAAGAAACGGCAUGCAGACGCCAAAUGGAAGUCAACUCGCUGAUUGUCCCGUCUCAAUGCGAACAGUUUUGAAUGCAUGUGAGUUUGACACUUUUUAUCAUCCCAUCACACAGUAUUUUGCACUUUUGUCGCCUGUCAACUUUUUCUAGUUCUUUUUGUUUUAUGACUGAUAUUGUGUUUUCCAGCCAACUUGCAAAAUGCAUUUUUGCUUAAUCAGUGGAUGAUACCAUCAAUGGGAGUGCCCUCACCGACACUUCCAACUGCAAAUUUGACAACAGCUCUCUCUGGUGGAGGAGCUGCUAGUCUUGUCGAAACAUCACAAUUACCGACAGUUGAGGAACAAGCUGUGGUGAAUAAAUGGAGUAGUCCAUCAAGUGUGGAUAGUAAUGGACAGAAAACUGAUAGCUCGACAGGUUCGUUUUCAUAUCAUCAAUUUUUUUUCGAGUAGGAAUUUUUAUAAUACGUAUAUUAGGUCAACGAUUUUUUUUGUUGUGUUCUCGCCUGUUCAUUUUUUUUUCACCCCCGUCUAGCCUUUCAUUCAUGAUAACUGAAAAAUGAGGAGUGCAAAAAUAGGGCAAUUGAAGAUAUGUUGUUCGGCCCCAACUAGUUUUUUUUCCAUUUUCAAAUGUUCCUAUGUACUUCUGUUGCGUGAAAGAAUGAGAGAGAGAUGGUGAAAAUAAAUUGAGAUGAGCGACAUGAAAAACUAGUUCUUUGUUUUGAUUGUGAUUCAUGAUCAUUCCAAAAAUUCUGAAACAAAACAGAAUAUCGAUUUUUUUUGUAGAAAUCUUGGGGUUCAUUUUGGAUAUGGCUUCAGACAGGGAAGCUCAAGCGUGGGGUUUUGUAGGUCAAAACUUUGUAGAUCGAAGCCUAGAAUGUUAAAGCCUUGUAGAUUAAAGCCUUGUAGAUCAAGGCCUUGUAGGUCAAAUCUCAGAUAAGCACCUAACUCAUAUAAUUCCAAGUCACUAAUGGAGAAAAACAAUCUCAGGCUUCUCACAGGUGGGGACCAAUAGUGUCCCAAAAUUAUAUAAAACUAUUUUCUGUCAGAAUUUUGUUCUAAUGAUCAAUGAUUUUUUUUUUGCAGGUUCCGCUAGCGAUUCGCACAACAUUGAUAUCGUCGGAGAUGGCAGCGAAUCAUCGUCAACAUCGACAGCAAGUGCACAGGUUCGUCGUAGUACUACUAUGUACACAAACACUUUUUUUUCUUCUUCUUCUUCAAAAAAUUUCCGCCUUGCUUGUGUUCUUGUAAAAAGUGCAAAAAAUCGAUGGAGGGAGAAGAGAAAAUCAUAUGACUUUCUUUCGUUUUGGCAGCCAAAAAAAUUCGGGAAAAAAACGGAGAAGAGAACGCGUUAUAUUUACACAAGCAUCCAGCAUUUUCAUAUCUUGUGUUUGAACAGUUGAAAUUCGUCUCCAUCUUCUUCUUUUUUUUUCGCUGCGUCGUUUCUCUCGCCCUCCCAGCGAAAUAAACAUACAUAAUAUACGUUUCAUUUCCUGGGUUUGUAAAAUGCCAUUGUUCUUUUCUCGUUUCUCUCACUCUCUUUCCCGAUGCCUGAUCAAAAUGCAUUUCAAACAAAAACACAGAGGGUUCUUGAUGAUAACAUUAAAACAUCUGAUAAGUGAAAUGUUGUAUAUAUGCCCAAGUGUUUAAUAAAAUUACACAGGUGUCAGCUUUUUUUGUCGCCACACAUUUUCAUGAUUCGAUUCGAUUCGUAUAGAAAAAAAUGAACAACACAAGAAGAAUGAAAACAAAAGAAAAAAGAAACAGCUGAUAAUAGAAAACAUAUGUAAUUUAUGAUUUUUUCUAGGACCAAAUUCAAUCGUUGUACAAUGCAGUCACAUCAGCACAGCAGAAAGCAAUUGCUGAAGCACUCAAAGCUGAUGGUGGAUUGUUUUUCCAACAAGCAACACAUAGUGCAGACCCAAAUGCUGCUCUACGAGUUCCAGCAAUGUCGACACUUGUUAAACAAUCAAUUGGACCUGAAAGAAAACCAAGAAAACCAGUGAAUGAUGAUAUUGUUAAAAUUGUCAGACAACAAGAUUUGAGCGCAGAAGCUAUUGCUGUUAUUGAAAUUCCUGUGCCCAAAGCAGUUGAAUCUGAUCCAGGUUUGUUUUUCCUCUCAUGCAAACGUCUAGAAAACCUUUCAGUAUCCAGAAAACUUUUCAAAGAAAAAAUGUGAUGUUUUCAGCAUUCCGACCGGUUUCGGAGCAACAAAUCAUACAACAAAUCAUCCAAGGAAAGAAAUAUGAAGAAAUGGAAGUUGGUGAAUGCAUGAUUCAGUUAUGUAAAAAGCUAGCAGAAAAACGAGUCUUUGGACCAAGAUUGAUGUCACAGACAACAGUUGCAGGAUUGAAUCAUUCAAAUUACUCAAAUCUUCCGAUCAAAGGAAUUUGCUAUAUUCAACGUAUGUAGAAAUAUUUUUAUUUAAAAUAUAAUUUAAAAAAUCAACUGUUUCUUUCAGAUGUUUGCUGGAAAGUUCUUCGAGAUAAAUUCAAUCAUGACGAAGACUUUUGGGAUAAGUUCCGUGAAGCGAUGCGCAAAUUAGCAGCCAGAUGUCGACGAGUUCGACACGCCAAGAAAACCAAACACAAUCGUGAAGAAUCAUUAGCUCAACAAGAACUUUUGAAUAAACGAUUUGCCGAAGCUGAACAACACAUCACUGUUCCAUCAAGCCUUUCACAUACGAUUCAAUCGCUAGGUUUGACUGGAUUGCGACAUCCGAAACCAGAAGGAUUUGAUGGCGGACUACCAACAACAUCAGAACCCAAUAAUCUAUCAGUCGGACAAUUGGGACACUUGGUAUUGAGCCUUGCAAAUGCUGUAUGUUGUGGUGUUUUUUGAUUUUUUUAAAUCUCUUGGGAGCACCUCUUUCAGUUUUUUUUAUUGGAUUGAUUGAAAUUCACCUGGGGCGGGGAUAAUUUGAAGAAUUUUUAUGAUGUUUGUUUUUUCAGAAAGCUCUAAAAGAUCUCGGCGAAUCUGAAUCCAGCGUUGUCCAAUCACUUCUUCGAAUGGCAAACAAUGGUGAUUUUGCGAUAAAACCAGAAGCAUUAUCACCAAUGUAA